AUGGUGAACCGACGUAGUGAACUAGGAUAUGAGAACGGUGAAUCCUCUAACACCAACCCCGACCUGGCUCAAAUCAUGCAAGCGCUCGUAACAGCCUUGAACGCCAACCGACGAAACCAAAACCGUGAUGAUGAACCUAUGACCCGAACCCGAGCGAUGAACGAAUUUUGCAAACGCCGACCUUCGACCUUCAAUGGAGAUACCAACCCUACCGUGGCUGAAACAUGGCUGAAGGAAGUCAAGGUGAUCCUGAACACCUUGGAGAUUACCCGAAAUGGAGAUCGUAAAGCCUUAGCCACAUACCAGUUAAAAGGAGAAGCCCGUUAUUGGUGGGAUUUGAUGGAGGCAACCCACGCCAUAGCCACCAUGACCAUUGCCGAGUUCGAGACCCUAUUUCUCGACAAGUACUUCCCCACACCCCUUCGUCUAGCCAAGGAGCAAGAGUUCAUCAACCUGAAGCAAGGAACGAUGACCGUCACUCAAUACGCGGCCAAGUUUGAGGAACUAUCUCGUUACGCCCAAACUGCCAUUGCAACGAAGGACAAGAAGGCGAGAAGGUUUGAGUGGGGGCUGACCACUGCUAAAAGGGCUGUGGUAGCUCAGGCUUUCCCCACCUAUUCCGGUGUGGUGAAUUGUGCUCUUCGACUAGAGAGCGAGGAAAAUGACUUUAAAACCCGAUGGAGGAAGGCGAUAGGCAACACUGGCGGACCUAUCUGA